AUGCAUUGCCUGGCGGUAGCGCCAGCGCUCGUCAUGUCUGUUAUGUUCGUCGUGCUCUACUUAGUGGACCAAGUCCAUAACUUGGCUGAACAACUUUACUUGUUCUUCCUUAUCAUUCUUAAUAUAAGUGCGAUCGCCGUUGUGUUCCUUGAGAGUGAACCAUCUAGGUUCCCCGGGACAACUGGUACAUUGUCCUGUCAGGAUGUAAAGUGUGAUAUUUAUUCUAGAAAUGAAGUGAAAAUACCAAAUGUUGAUGCUUUCCUUUUCUAUGCAAGCAACAUUGAGUUCGAAGACUUGCCGUUGCCAAGGAAAGUGAAUGAUAUUUGGGGACUUUAUCAUGAGGAAUCACCAAGGAAUGUUGAGGAAUUAAUGCAUGAGAAUGGUCUCUAUUUAUUCAAUUAUUCAGCUACUUUCAGCAGAUACAGCGAUGUACAGUUUCCUUUGCAAUAUCUAGAAUCUUUGGACGAUAUCACAACUACUAAGUAUUUCGUUAAGACGAAAGAUAAAAAUGAAUUACUCAAAGACAUAUCCCCUAUACUUUACUUACAAACGGAUUGCGAAACUGCUACAGAAAGAGAUGAAUAUGUAAAGGAAUUGAUGAAAUAUAUUAAGAUUGAUUCAUAUGGAGCCUGUUUGAAAAAUAAGGAGAUGCCAAAAAGAUUUACAGAUGACUAUUUGAACAAUUUGAACGAUGAUGAUUUUCUUCACUUUAUUUCUAGGUAUAAAUUCGUGAUAGCCAUAGAAAAUGGCGUUUGUGAUGAUUAUAUAACGGAGAAGCUCUGGCGAGCUAUCAAGGUAGGUAGUGUACCUAUUUACUUCGGUUCACCAACUAUACGAGAUUGGUUGCCGAAUGAAAAAUCCGCAAUACUAAUCGAAGAUCAUCCGACGCCGCAACGAAUGAGUGAAUAUUUAAACCGAUUAAUUAACGACGAUAAUUUAUAUAAUAGUCAUUUGAUACAUAAAAUCGACAAACAAAUAAACAAUCAGAGAUUGCUAGAAGAUUAUAAUACGAAGCCGUGGCAAAGAGAUCAUAUUUUAGCCGCGAAUAAAUUUGAAUGUUUUGUUUGUAAACGUAUUCAUGAGAUGCGUCAAAAGGUCUUUUCACCACAGAUAAUAAAUAAAAGUCAUUACAAUUGCCCCAAACCAAUAUCGGCUUUAACUUUACAAGUGAAUCCGUCAAACGAUUGGGUGUAUUCGUGGUACCGAGCUAAAGAAAGGGCAGAGGAUAUAUAUAAAAGAGUUGAGAAUAAUAGAAACUGA